AUGGAGUUUGUGUUCCUGGCCUAUCCCUCGCACCUCGAGCUGCGUGUCCUAUCUUUCCUCGGUGUCAGCCUGGUUUAUACACUGAUCAUCAGCGGGAAUGUCCUCAUCGUGGUGGCCAUCCACACGGAAGCCCGCCUACACACACCCAUGUACUACUUCCUGGGCAGCCUCUCAGGGGUGGAAAUAUGCUACACUGCUGUGGUGGUGCCUCACAUUCUGGCCCACAUCCUACAGUCAGAGAAGACCAUCACUGUGCUGGGCUGUGCCACGCAAAUGGCUUUCUUCAUCGGACUUGGCAGUGCUGACUGCUUGCUCCUGGCUGUGAUGGCCUAUGACCGGUAUGUUGCUAUUUGCCACCCCUUGCGGUACCCUCUCAUCAUAACCAUGACGCUCUGUGUCCGCUUGGUCAUUGCUUCUGUGGUCAUCGGCUUGUUCCUGUCCUUGCAGCUGGUGGCCUUCAUCUUCUCUCUGCCAUUCUGCCAGGCCCGGGGUCUAGAGCACUUCUUCUGUGAUGUGCCACCAGUGAUGCGUCUCGUCUGUGCCAACAGCCACAUCCAUGAGCAGUCGGUGCUGGUGGCAGCCACGCUAGCCAUUGCCGUGCCUUUCCUCCUCAUCGCCACCUCCUACGCCUUCAUCGUGGCUGCUGUGCUCAAGGUCCAGUCAUCAGCUGGCCGCCACCGGGCCUUCUCCACCUGCUCGUCCCACCUCACUGUGGUCCUGCUGCAGUAUGGCUGCUGUGCCUUCAUGUACCUGCGCCCCAACUCUAGCUACGACCCCAAGCAGGACCAGUUCAUCUCACUGGUGUACACACUGGGAACCCCACUGCUCAAUCCACUGAUCUAUGCCCUGAGGAACAGUGAGAUGAAGGAAGCCCUCGGGAGGGUUCCUGCCAGGAGCUGUCUCUCCUGGGACCACUAG